UAUCAUCUAUUGCUAAGUUCAACAAGGACGAUUUUUAUCACAGAAAGUCGUUUUUUGUAAUUGGCGUAAUUGCAAGAAAAAAUUGUGUCUAAGUUGUGUUUUUCCAAAAAAAAAGAGAAAAAAGACAAAAAACAAAAGAAAUAGGAAAAUUUUAUAUAAUAUAUUUCACCGAAGUAAAAGUUAAAAAAAACACUGAUAUGUCGGGAGCGCAUUCAAUAAUUUUGUUCUCCAGCCUUUUGUGGUUUUCUUGGAUUUCCUCCAACCUUUGCCGUAUUGAACCGCGUGAGACAAAUACCUGUGAGGGUCGCCAGACAGCCGGUGCCAUUUGUGAGUCGUGCGAGCUGUUGUCCAUGUGCGUACAUCACUCCAGCGGCUGGGUGAAUAUUCCGGUUGAAACAUGCGAUACUGAAAAGGGUUUCUAUUGUAAUUCGCGUCUGGGUGCAUGCAGCAAUACGACCGGACCGUGCCAUCCGUUUGCAGUGCAGGGUAAUUUCCCAUGCACUUCGUAUGGUGUCUUUCCCGAUCCCUACGACUGCCAGAAAUAUCACAUGUGUUACUUUGCGGGCGCAGCUCUGGUAUCGGCGACCGUUGAAUGCGGCGGAGAUAAGGCGUUCAGUGCGGCGACUGGCCAAUGCUCGUUAACAUUGAACGAUUCCAUUUGUUUGAAUAGGCAGUUCCAGUGUGAGAAUGCUGGCGAAGCGCACGCUUGGCCAAGUAAUCCAAAUAUUUUCUACAUUUGCAAGACGUUGUGGAACCAGGACGAUCGUGUGCUCUAUCCAACGCUUUAUCGUUGUGCUGAUGGUGAGAUGUUCGAUGAUUACUACUGCCGAAACGGCACCACACCUAUUCAGCCUACAAGUGGAGCUACAGACGUGACAACCAGUCAACCUGAGACUACUAGCGCUAUAGUACCGACAACUUCAAGUGGCAGAUGUACCGCAGUUGGUCUGACUCCAGAUGCUCAAGAUUGCACCAGUUAUUACUACUGUUCGGCUUUGAAUGGAAUUAGGCGUCAUCACAAAUGCCCAACUGGAACUCAUUUUAGUAAUCAGUAUGCGUCAUGUAUUUUUGGUUCAUGUAAAAACUAAUUUUUAAUACCUAAAUAUAUUCCGAAUGUUA